AUACGAAACAAAACAAAACCCUCACACCCACAAAAGAGCAGCAAACUGCAAAUGGCGACUUCAACGGAGAAACAGACUGAAACUUCACCGGAAAACCCUAACAACGGCGGCGUUCGUCAAAACCCUAACAACGGCACCGAUCCAGCUCACGAUUUCGAAACACGUGCUCGAUCGUGGCUAUCAACGCUCCCCACCGAUCACUCUCUAACCGUUUUCGACGUCGAAACGUGGCUUCAAUCCAACAAUUCAUCGCUACCUGAUCACAUCAAAUCGAUGCCUCCAUCGGACGUGUUCCAGUUGAUUACUUCGUUUUCAACCGAUGUUAAUCCAUCCAAUGAGGAAAAAGAUCCUUACCAUUUCCGUUUCCAACGCUCUGAUCAAUGGAUGCCAAUAUAUUCAUGGUUAGAGACUUUAAAAACCGAUGAGGUAAUCAAAUCAAAAGAAAUUCUAGAUUGGCUUACUGAGAAUCAUGAGAUCCGGGACGAUUUGCUGUCAAGACAUUCUCGUUACCAUCUAAUGCACUACAUCAAAAAAUGUCACAUGAAAAUACUGAAGAAAAGAGAGAAGAAAAAGGGAUUGCAUACUACCAUUAAAUUAAGUUCUGCUAAAGCUCACAAGUCUGAGGAAAAGAAAUCACUAGCUAUGCUCUCAAGUAGCAGUAGCGUGGCCAAGCUUCCCAAGGAUAGUCCUAUAUACAUGGUGAAACGGAAUGAGGCUUUUCGAAAAUACCAGAUUUUAACAGAAAUGGAGAAACAGCUUGGCACCUUCUUUCAAAAUCAAAAUCAAGAAACCGCAAAUGUUGUAGCUGGACCAUGAUUAUCGCAAGUUAGCAUGAUGUACAAACAUGUGUAUGCUGGUUUGGUCACUAAGCCACACAUUUUGGCGUAGACGAACCCAGAUUUUAUAACCAUCUAAUGGUUCUAGUGCCAUUUGCAUAAUCUUUUCAAUUUGUGAAGGUUCUUAUUUA